UUUUGAAAAUCUGGCAACACUUGUGAGACAUCUUAGAGCAAAUCGUAAAAGCUUGGCGGGAUGACAGCUCUCAAGUUUCAUUUGUAGAUUAACGACAGGAAAAAGCAUUUGCCUUGAGGGCAGUCGGAGUUAUGUAAAAAUUCAUUUUUGAUGAAUGACAAAAAAAGGUUGUGUGCCAAACAAAAUGGCUUACGGUAUUUCUUCAGGCUUUUUAUUUUUCAUCUGAGUUUAAAAUACCGCCGAAGCCAACUUCGCUUCUCGUUUUUCCAAUGUUUGUCGAUAAAAUAGGGUACUAGUAAAAUACUGGGAUUGAUGUAAUCCCCUCUGUAAAUUUUUUAUUUUGUUCUUAAGUUAGAAACUAUUUCAAGAAGAGUAAUGGAUGACAAUUAGCAGUGUGCGGAACAAAACACCUUCGUACAAAGUUCGAAUCCGGCCAAGAUUGACUUGACUUUUUAUCCUAAAUAAUGCGUAAUUUGUUUAGAUACCAGUCAGACUUCACUUAGCAGACCUAUGAUUAACGACUUCCUCUGACCAACCAGCCAUUUAUUUAUUAUUAUUUAUUUAUUUUUGAUCAGUGAACUACAUUAUACAAUGUUUUCGACUUUUAAGAGAGUGAAGUGCAAUUUUUGAAAGAUUUGGCUACUGCUGCUAGCAAAUCAGCAACCCUGGAUAUAUCUUUGAUAACUCUUAGUUAUCGUGUGCCGUCAAUUCAGUUAACUAAAUUUCUACUACCAAAAAAUGUGUUGUCCUGUAUCAAUUAUGACAUUGAUAUUUAUGUUACCACCAUCAUUGUUUUGUAUCAAGAUCAAUAUAAAAUAUAGUUCGAUCAAUGAACAAAACUGGUGAUAACGAUCAAUAAUUAGUUGUAAAUUUGGGAAAAUGUGCAACGCACAUGUAGAUGUGUGUGUCUGUGCAUGUGUACACGCACGCAUUCACAUAUUCAUACACAUUCGUAUAUACACAUAUACAUAAGUCUGUUUCGUUGUCUUUAUUGAAAUCCUUAGAGUUAUUGAAGAAAAUAUUAUAGGCUAAGUUACUGUGAGCUUGUUUGUUGAAAAAUAUUUCAGGAAAAUCUAUAAUAUGAAAGUGAAGCGUUACCAAACUUUCCACAAAGCCUUGAAACGUACAAAUACAAGUAUACACGAUAUUUCAUAUUCUGAUUUGAAAACAGAGCAGAGUUUUAACAUUCCCUAACUAUUUCAAGUCGAGAUAAUUAUAAUGGAAACAACAGUGAAAUGUUGCAAUAUAACAUCUAACAGUAGAACUACUAACCAGAAGUUGCGUCAAAAAUUUGUCAGUGUACAAAACAUACCUCUACCAUCAACCAACAGUAAUCUACCAGUAAAAGUAAUGGGCGUCAAUAGUCAGUAUUUAAAGUUAUCCUUGACUGGAAGCAAUGGAUCAAAGGUAAGAAAGGAUCGUAAUUCUUCAGGAAAAUCAUCGGAAAGAAAAUACGAUUCAUUUAGUGAAAGAAAAACAAAGACUUAUGAAUGGAGGCAAAAGAAAAGGCAGCAGAAGAUAUUUAAAGCAGUACCUCGGCACUUAUCUCGGUUGAGUGAGAGGAGGAAAAUAAAUGACAUUUUAUCGAGCAGCUGUUCUACAGAAACAUUUCUUCAGAAGCAGUUCGAAGAUAAUGUGAAACAACGUCAAGAAUUAUUACGUCUUUAUAACGAAUGGCAAAUGCAUGUUACUCUUCAAUAUGAAGAAACAGAACAGAUUAACAAGAAAUUGUCUGUCCCAAAAUAUUUUAAAUUAUCCAAGUUUGAAACUUCAAAGAAACUGCCCAAGGUAAUGAAGGAAAGUGAAGUGAAAACCAACGAAUUACUGAGAUUUUUUAAAUUGCUCCAAAAUGAUGUUGUUGCUUGCUUUUUGGAAAGAGAUUCUUGUUAUCGUCUCUCCGAUAAAUAUCUUCUGGCAGAAACAUUUGUGUAUUUCAAGCGAGCAGGUUAUUUGGCCGAUAAAUAUACCUGUUAUAACUUCUUUGUAGCUCUUUAUCUUGCCAGUGAUAUGGAGGAAGAUGAAGAGGAACUCAAAUAUGAAAUAUUCCCUUGGGCUUUGGGAAAAAACUGGCCUAGUAAUUUUCCACGUUUUCUUAAAAAACGGGAUCAAUUAUUCAAGAAAAUAGGUUAUCAUGGAGUAGUUAGCCGAGUGUGCUGUGAAGAAAUAAUGGCCAUACUACCAAACAGCCAAUAUUGGCAGAGAGAAAGACCAUUACAUCAUGCUGGAGGUGUAAGAAAAACUCAUUGCUUUGAUUCCGGUGUUCAGGAAUGCAAUAAGAAAGAUGGUUAUUACUAUAAAUAUGGCAUGAAAAUGCGACCGUUCUGUUUGGCACCAAAUAAAGAUGCCAUUUCUUGUCUUUUGUGUCACCCGGAGUUAGCACCAACUCCAAAACAAAUAGCCUUUGUGGAUCCUGUAAAAGUUUAUCAUAAUGAAGACAAUCAAAUUUCUCCAAUUGUAUCUAAAUGAUCAACAGGAUCCCUUGAAUAAAGGCAUCAUUUUUGUUAAUGUCAAAAUUUUAAGGUUAACUUUUUGUUUCUUUCCACCCACAUUUUCGUGAUUCUUUAAACAUUACUUUGAGAUUUUUUCAUUUAUGAGUAUAUUAUUUACUGUUUUGAAGAAAAAAGAUGCGGUUCUUAAAUUUCAAAAAGUGUUUUUCUUCGUGAGAAAAAUUAAUAAAAAAAUUAGACAUUCA